AUGAGUUCUACAGAGUCCAUGAUGCUAAAUGUUUAUUGGUUGACACCUAUAAUAAUAUCAAUGGAAAUAGAAGAUAUUGAAAAUCAAUCGGUUAAUCAGCAGCUAAACCGCAUGUCGUUUUCUCACCAUGCAAAUCUGCCCCAAGUUCAUAGUGAUACGAAUGACGAAGCAACCCGGUAUUCCUUUACAACGAACAUGCUCCGUACUAUUGAUGUAUGUGUUCCUGACCUAAGCAACAUUGUUUCCGUCGACCACCAGGAGACUAAAGUUAGACUAGGAGAAAUCACUCGUAAAACAGCGCCACCCAAUAUAGAAUGGGAGCGAAGAAUGGAGGAAUUAGCUGCAUUUAACCAAACAAAGGCGUUUCUGAGAUCCCACAAAAACAUUGUUAUAACAGAUGCUGACAAAGGCAAUAAGACAGUAGCAAUGUACGAAUCGGAAUACAUUGAAAAGAUAAACAAAUUACUAGAAGACAAAAACACAUACAAAACUUCAAGAACAGACCCAACGAGCACUCUGCAGAGAAAAAACAAUAAAAUAGUUGAUGAGCUCUACAAAGCCAAACACAUAAACAAAAGGGAAAAGCAGCUUCUCACCAGCACCGCAGCUGCAGCGCCAAGGCUAUAUGGCCUGCCGAAAAUUCACAAACCGCAAGUUCAUUUACGCCCCAUUGCUUCGUCAGUCAAGGUCCCCUGUUACAAGUUAUCCAAAUAUGUCGGAGAAAUACUCAAGCCAUUGAUUUCAGAGAGAUACAAUGUGAAGAAUGCGUUUAAUUUGAAAGAGAGAUUAACGAAUAUAAGUGUAUGUGAUGAAGAUGUUUUAGUGUCGUUCGAUGUCAUCUCCUUGUUUACGAAUAUACCGACAAUGUUAGCCACAAAAAUUAUUAUGAUAAAGUGGGACCAGAUACAACGGACAACCAGCAUUCCAAAACACAAAUUCCAACAAAUUCUUGACUUCUGCCUUAAAGAUAAUAACUACUUCAUGUGCAAUAACAAACUAUACACCCAAACAUUUGGAAUGCCAAUGGGCAACCCCCUCUCACCGACAAUUGCCGACAUCAUUAUGGACGACCUUCUGGACAACACCAUCUCGGAGCUGAAACAACACUUCAACAUUGACAUCAAGUUUAUCAACAAAUAUGUAGACGAUAUUUUUGCAAUAACAAACCGCAACGACGUGAAUACAAUUCUAGAGACGCUAAACAAAUACCACCCAAAACUUCAGUUUACCAUGGAAAUGGAAGAAAACGCGAGCAUACCUUUCCUUGAUGUCCGUAUACACAAAAACAACAACAAUAUUGUUCUAAACUGGUACUCGAAACCAACGUCGUCUGGACGCCUGAUUAAUUAUCUCUCCUCCCAACCAAGAAAAUAUAAAAUCAACACCGCGAAAAAUCUUAUACACAAAAUACUGACGAUAAGCGACCAAAAAUUUCACGAAGCCAACAUAGAGAAAAUACACAGCAUUUUGAAAAGCAACAAUUAUCCCAAUCACCUGAUACGCGAACUAAUAAAACAAGAAACAAUGCGAAUAGGAAAUCAGCAAAAUAAAACGCCGACCACAGCAACAGCAAAUACACCAAAGAAGUACUACAGCGUCACUUACAUCCCCAAGCUAAGCGAAAACUUUGAUCGCAGCACAUUAAAGGAACAAAACAUAACUCUCGCCUACAAAACAAAUAACACGUUAGCUAGAAUCUACACAAGAACAAAAAAGCCCACUAGACAAACAGCAACAAAACAACGUUGUUUAUGA